AUGACAAACGUGGGCAGCAGUAAAUUACUGCCCAAGAAUGUCGGUCCAUUUCGUGUGUUGCGCCGAAUGGGCAACGCAUACACGAUUGAACUGCCCCGUAAGAUGCGCUCGCAUCCUACGUUUUACGAUGGUUGUCUCCGCCAGUACUAUCAGUACGAGCCCGUUUCGAGAUGCGAAGAACACCUCCACGGUCGAGAGCCGAGACCACCUUCGAGUGGUCCCGUUUCAAUGAACCAGUCUGGUCAACUAGCGAAGCGACCUGUUCACGCAGCUCAGCGAUGUCUCGACGAGCUGCAGCCAGCUCAUCACGAAGAGAAUGAGUCUAGCGUUCGUUCUCAAGUUAAGCGAACGCAAAAGUGGCACGAUCGUCCGAACGAUCGUGCGCUAAGGAAUUGUAGCUAUCCUUUUUAUGGUCAUGGAGCUCAUAACGCCGAGAUCGUUCAUGAGCCAGGUCAUCUUGCAACUGUUCCGUUACACGGUUCAGCUAUUGAACAUCAAGCUGAUCCGACCCUCGAGCCGGAUCAGGUGUUCCCGCCGCCACCACAUCCUUUGGCGGACUCAAGCGAUGGUCAACGCUUCCUAGUGGAGCGUAUUUUGAACCACCGCGAUGUGAAUGGCGUCCGGACGAGUUACCUCGUCCGCUGGUGUGGCUAUCCACCGGCAUGGGACAGCUGGAAGCCUCGUGACUAG